AUGGACAAAGAGCGGGUUCGCAAGAAAACUAACUAUGUUCCUAUGGCAGAGAGGAGUGAGCGACAACAGAGGAUAACAAGAAGAAGUUGGCGAAGGAGUACAAAGAAAUAUCGUGAUGCCAAGAAAGAUGUCCAUGACGUGCUUCCAGACAGUCCUCCAUCAACACCAGAGGUCCCUAAUGCUGCAAAUCUGCCUCCACCAACUCCAAGACGACUAGUUGAUCGGAGGACUGACAGAGGCCGUAAGAAGGUCAAGAGAGAUCGAGCGAAAGCCUACAGACAAGUAGAAGCCUCAAAGAGAAAAUUAAAGCAACAAGUAAGACUGGUUGCGAGGUGGAAGAAGAGGUACAGCAGGAUAAAAGAACAGUUGCUUGAGAUGGGAGAUUCGCCACGCUCGAAAACAAGGAAGCUCCUAAGACAUUGUGUAGUGGACAGAGAUGUCACAAAAGAACUUGUCUUUCACCAUGUUCUCCUUGAUGAAUUGCGUGAAAAGUAUCGGCAGAACAACAUGCUUCGAGAUAAGCAGAAGAUAAGACGAGUCGCCGCAAGCAACAUAGUAAAGAAAUACAGGAUGGUCAAACGCUUGUCAUCGACGCUUGGCGUUAAUGCUCAUCGCCUUAUCCGGAAGGAUAUGGGCAAAAACCUGAACUAUGCAAGGGUCCAGAGAAGCGACAGGGUGAACGACGAAACAAAGCAGUUGCUAAACGACUUCUUUGAACGCGAUGACAACAGCCGACAGAUGCCAGGCAAGAAAGACACAAUCACGAGACACAAGGUAAAGAAGCAGAAACGGCUGUUAAAUGACAGCCUGACAGUGCUUCAUGCGAAGUUCUUGUAUGAAAAUUCAACAAUGACAAUGCAUUACUCGUUCUGUAGGCUUAGGCCCUGGUGGGUAGUGAAACCAACGCUCAGCGACCUGGACUCUUGCAUGUGUAAGAGAUGCACCAACAUGGACCUUAUGAAUCAGAAACUAGCUGCGGAACGAAUUACAGCUACUGUUGAAGAAUCAAUGAAGUCGGCCGUUUGCGACACCCAUAACAAAGCAUGUAUGUAUGGAGAGUGUGAAGCAUGCAAGGGGAAACGAGUAAAUUUCCAGCUGCCUGCACAUGACAAGCAAGUUAAAUAUCAGCAGUGGGUUACAAAGGAAAAGCUGUAUGGUGAUGGAAAGUCAACCAAUGUUACUGUGAAAGAGACUUUCGAGAUUAGUCUUUCCUCACUGUGCGAGAAAUAUGAAGCUGAGCUGAAGCCUCGCUUUACAACCCAUCACUUCAACAUUUUUCAUCAGUAUGCAGAGCUGCGAAAAUUGAAGGCUAACCUGGAUGGAAAUUCUGUUGCAGUGCAUAUAGAUUUCUCUGAAAAUUAUGGCUGCAAAUACUCGGAGGAGAUCCAAAGUGUCCACUUUGGUGGAUCCCACCAACAGGCGUCAUUGCACACUGGAGUUUAUUAUACUUACGAUGGAUGCCAUGCAUUUUGCACCAUAUCGGCUUGUACUAGACACGAUCCCCCUGGGAUUUGGGGACAUCUUGUCCCAGUCUUGCGGGAAAUAAAACAACGAUACCCAGCCGUAACGACAGUGCACUUCAUUUCGGACGGGCCCACAACACAGUAUAGAAACAAAAAGAACUUCUGGCUGGGAUCGACGAUCCCAAAGACCAUGGGGUUUGAUAAAGUGACUUGGAACUUCAUGGAAGCAGGACAUGGGAAGGGGGCACCUGAUGGUGUAGGGGGUGUUUUGAAGAGAACUGCGGACUCGCUUGUGUCACAAGGAAAAGACAUCCCAACUGCACAUGAACUGUACGAGUCCCUCAAGCCAGUGACAAAUAUAAAUUUGAUUCUGUUGGAAGAGGAAGAAAUCAACAAGUUUGACGACAAACUACCAACAGACCUGAUCAGCGUCAACGGAACUAUGAAAGUACAUCAGGUCCUGUUCACCGAUGAUCCUGAGGUAGUUGACCAUCGAGAGCUUAGUUGCUUUUGCAAUGGCAUGCCCUGCUUCAAAACAACACAGGCGAGGUUAAGACGAACGGAGGAACGGACAACCAAGAAAAGGACCACCGAGGAAAGGACAACCGAGGAAAGGGCAACGGAGCAAAGGACAACCAAGGAGAGGACAACCUAG